AUGCGCAAACUCGCGGAGGUUUACGAGACAACCCCACCAUCCGACGAUUCCCCCACCACAACCCUGCCACUCUACGCUGUCGCCUUCACCCAGGAGUCCCAUAUACAACACCUUUCACAUCCGCCUCCACUCAUCUUGUUCCCGAUCGAGGAUUUGCACCUCAAUAACGUCCGCUUCGACUCGUUCGCUGCCUUUGUCCACGUCCUCCGCGGGUUCCCAGACCUUCGCAGGUUGCAAUGCACACGCGUGGAGUGGUACUCCGAUCGAGUAUUGGCUCAACUUCCGGAGGGCUGUUGUUCCCGCCUCACAGAGGUGUCGAUUGGCCAGAUGGACGCGCGUAGCGCAAAGAGACUGCUGGAGUCUCUCCCUUCUUCUGUCGACACAAUGGAGUUUUUCGUUGAUUCCGGAGUUCAUUCGGAAAUCGACAAUAUGGUGCGGUGGGAGUUAUCUCGGUGCGCGUAUCUCUACACCAGCUUUCAACAGAUCAUGAAGUUCCUGGAGUCGCGCUUGGAGUCGCUCGACUGCCUCCAAUUCAUUUGGAACAGGACCGCAGUGCGCGGUUCCGAGCACAGCAAAAAGAACUUGUACUCCCCACAUUUCCCUUAG